AUGGCUUCCCACCGUGCUGACGCUAGCACUCUCCUCGACAACCGCGGCUACACUGGCCCUCUGGUCCGUGGCGUGAACCCAGCGACACUGUUCGAGAAAGCCGUGCGAGAUCGCAUUACGGACUCUUACUAUUGGAAGGAGCAGUGCUUUGGUCUGAACGCCGCGACUUUGUGCGAUCGUGCCGUCGAGCUGACCUGCCUGGGAGGCACAUAUGGCGUUUCCGAAAAGCCAACUCCCUUUCUCUGCCUCGCCUUCAAGCUGCUCCAGCUCGGACCCGACCGCGAUAUCAUCCUUGAGUAUCUGAAUUUCACAGACCCCGGGAGCGACUCGGAUAUGGAUAAUGGGAAUGACCCCGCGAACGGGGUGGUGAAGACUGAGGGUGACUUCAAAUACCUGCGGGCUCUGGCUGCCUUCUACGUGCGGCUAACCUUCGAUGCGGUGGAUGUGUACAAGACACUGGAGCCCCUGCUUCUUGAUUAUCGAAAACUGAAGCGUCGAGUACGUGACUCGUUCGUCCUCACGCACGUGGAUCAAUUUGUCGACGAUCUCCUGACCAAGGACCGAGUGUGCGGAACCAGUUUGUGGAAACUGCCCCCGCGGCAGCAGCUAGAAGACUUGGACCUCCUGGAAGAGCGAAUCAGUCCAUUAGCGGCCGAGAUAGAUGAUUUGGACGAAGAUAAUGAAGAUGACCGUGCGAGCGAGCCCAGAUCUCAGGGAGAAGCGAGCGAUGAUUGA